AUGUCGGAAAAAGUGAUAAUAAGUACCUAUGACAACUUAAAAGACGUUAUAAGGUUACGGAAACUUAAGAAGACAGAAUCGCCAAGAAUAAGAUUGUAUGGAUUGACAACUCUGAAAAAUGCCAUGGGAAAGAUGGUCUUCCCCAAGCUUCCAUUACACAAGCAGCUGUAUUACCUGUGGAAUGCUCCCAUCACCAAAUUCUGGGUGAACCAGGUCUUGUUGUUUGCUGCUUUUGGGUACCAAAAUUUCUUGGGAAGUCUCCACAAAGAUCUCAAAACUGUUCUACAUGGCCUUCCUGUUAGUGUUCACAAUGGCCCUGAUCUUACCCACCUGCGGGAACCUGUACCUGGAUCUGAUAGUGUUUACCUGGACUGGGAUCAUCCUGGUGGAGGUGAUGCGAACAACAUUUGUGAAAAAACGGAAAUACCCAGAAAUGACAGUGGUGUACCCAGUACUGGAGAUAAUCCUCAUCAUCACCUUCCUGGGGUUUAUCUCUUUGUUCGGAUCAUCCCUCACUUUGUCGUACUGACAGGGAUUUCCUAUCAGUUCACGGAUUACCAGAGCGCCAAGUUUGUCAUGAGUCUGGGGCUGCUCUAUUUCUACUACCGUCUUCUGGCUGUCUCCUUCCCCAUCAGCCCCACCCUGGGGCCUAUGCUGAUUAACAUAAAGAGAAUGAUUAAGAAGGAUUUCUUCACGUGGUUUCGAAUGUUUCUGUUGUUCAUGAUCUCUGGCGCUAUCACCAUUCAGGCGGUGAUCUACCCAAACUACCCGUUUACAUGGGAGAUGCUGCGAAAGGCUUUCUCCAGAGCCCUAUUUGCUUUGUUCCUCACCCAGAUUCAUGACCUUGAAGGAGAUCCUGUAUGUACUGCUGACUACCCUAAUGCGACUCUGGACUUUUGUGGUAAAGAACUCCGAGAGCCUCUGAUUUCCCCGUGCCCCUACGGAGGGAAUGUCACCUACCUCAUCGUCAUUCAGUACCUGUUCAUUGUCAAGCUGGUGCUGGUCACCCUGCUCUUUGCCAUGUUCAGUUCUACAAUCUCCAAAAUCUCAGCAGAGAGCCAGCAGAUUUGGAAAUUCCAACGAUAUAACCUGAUUGUGGAAUUUGAGGAGCGACUGAGGUUGCCUCCCCCUUUGACUCUGAUCAGUUACUUGUCAUGUUGGCGCAGUUGGUGUGGCAGAGUUGCCUGA